AUGUCUCACGGGACCCGCGUGAUCCGGACGGGCUCCAGCAGCGGGGGCCCCGGCAGCUCCUCCUGCCCGCCGCCCCCGGGGCCGGAGCCCGGGCUGCUGGACGGCGGCUACGCCCGCUCCUGCUCGGCGAUACUGAAGGUCGCCCAGAUGAUAACACUGCUGAUUGGAUUCAUCUGUGUAAAGAAUUCAGCGCGGACAAAUUAUAGUGCAUCCAUCUACUUUGAAAUUGUCACCAUGUGUGACUUGAUUAUGAUUCUUGUCUUUUAUUUUGUCUACCUUUUCAGAGCGUACAGAAUGCUCACCUGUAUUAGUUGGCCACUUGCGGAAUUUCUCCAUUAUUUAAUUGGUACGCUCCUGCUUCUCAUUGCCUCUAUUGUGGCAACAUCAAAAAGCUAUAGUUCAGCAGGACUCGUAGCUGGAGCGACGUUUGGUUUCUUAGCUACAUUCCUUUGCGCUUUGAGCAUAUGGUUAUCCUACAAGAUCUCAUGUAUUACUCAGUCAACGGAUGCAGCUGUAUGACUGUUUGGCCACUGCAAGAUGUUUGUGCCUUUCUAAAAGGGAUAUCAAAGAAGAGGGUCCA